AUGCUCCACUAGAUCCUGAAGCUUCUCUCCCUGACCAAGAUACGCCUGUCCCCAAGAGCAGGAAAGCCAUGGCUGUUCCCAGAGGGAGUCCUUCAGCCUGCUUUCUGUGGAUGCUACUGCUGUGGGGAGGGGAUAGUGGCUGCCAGGCCCAGCGUGCAGGCUGCAAAAGCGUGCAGUAUGACCUGGUCUUCCUCUUGGACACCUCCUCCAGUGUGGGCAAGGAGGACUUCGAGAAGGUCCGCCAGUGGGUGGCCAACCUGGUAGACACCUUUGAGGUGGGCCCUGAUCACACCCGUGUGGGGGUCGUGCGCUACAGUGACCGGCCCACUACAGCCUUUGAACUGGGCCACUUCAGCUCCCGCGAGGAGGUGAAGGCCGCUGCCCGGCGCAUCACCUACCACGGGGGCAACACGAACACGGGCGAUGCGCUGCGUUACAUCACCAGCCGCAGCUUCUCUGCCCAGGCAGGUGGCCGGCCUGGGAACCGUGCCUUCAAGCAGGUGGCCAUCCUAUUGACGGAUGGCCGUAGCCAGGACCUGGUGCUGGAUGCUGCAGCAGCUGCCCAUGCAGCGGGCAUUCGCAUUUUCGCAGUUGGUGUGGGCGCCGCCCUGAAGGAGGAGCUGGAUGAGAUCGCUUCAGAACCCAAGUCCGCUCAUGUCUUCCAUGUUUCCGACUUCAACGCCAUUGACAAGAUCCGUGGCAAGCUGAGGCGUCGGCUUUGUGAAAACGUGCUCUGCCCCAGUGUUCGGGUAGAAGGAGACCGCUUUAAACACACUAAUGGAGGAUCCAAAGAAAUCACAGGUUUUGACCUGAUGGAUUUGUUCAGUGUGAAGGAAAUCUUGGGGAAGAGAGAAAAUGGAGCACAGAGUUCCUAUGUACGGAUGGGUUCCUUCCCUGUGGUGCAGAGAACUGAGGAUGUAUUCCCCCAAGGUCUGCCUGAUGAGUACGCCUUUGUCACAACCUUCCGGUUCCGGAAAACAUCUCGGAAAGAAGACUGGUACAUCUGGCAGGUCAUCGAUCAGUAUGGCAUCCCACAGGUUUCUAUCCGGCUGGAUGGUGAGAACAAGGCAGUUGAGUACAACGCUGUGGGUGCCAUGAAGGAUGCAGUCAGGGUGGUCUUCCGAGGUCCCCGGGUUGAUGACCUCUUUGACCGUGACUGGCACAAGAUGGCUCUAAGCAUCCAGGCCCAGAAUGUGUCCCUCUACAUUGACUGUGUGCUGGUUCAGACACUGCCCAUCGAGGAGAGGGAGAACAUCGACAUCCAGGGCAAGACUGUGAUUGGCAAGCGUCUCUACGACAGUGUGCCCAUUGACUUUGACCUGCAGCGGAUUGUGAUCUACUGUGACUCGAGGCAUGCAGAACUGGAGACUUGCUGUGAUAUCCCGACGGGUCCGUGUCAGGUGACUGUGGUGACAGAGGCUCCACCUGCUCCUCCACAGCUGCCCACUCCUGGUAGCGAACAGAUUGGGUUCUUGAAGACCAUCAACUGCUCAUGCCCAGCUGGAGAGAAGGGUGAAAGGGGCUUUGCUGGCCCUGUGGGACUCCCUGGUCAGAAGGGAGAUUCAGGACCCAUUGGACUGACAGGUGCUCCAGGGCCCAAGGGAGAGAAAGGAGACACUGGGAGAGGACCCUUCUUUCAAGGAGAAAAGGGUGAGAAGGGAUCCAUGGGCCCACCUGGACCACCUGGAAGAGAUGGCAAUAAAGGCAUGAGAGGGGAACCAGGAGAGCUGGGAGAGCCAGGGCUGCCUGGAGAGGUGGGCAUGCGGGGGCCUCAGGGACCUCCUGGACUGCCAGGACCUGCAGGGCAAGUUGGAACUCCAGGUCUCCAAGGAGAACGAGGUCAAAGGGGAGCUCCAGGAGAAAAGGGGGAGCGAGGCCUGGAUGGAUUCCCUGGGAAGCCUGGAGAGAUGGGAGAGCAGGGAAGACCAGGACCUCCUGGUGUGGCAGGACCCCAGGGAGAGAAGGGAGAUGUGGGGCCUCCAGGACCUCCUGGCGUGCCAGGCUCUGUGGUGCAGAAAGAGGGCCUGAAGGGAGAGCAGGGAGCCCCUGGACCAAGAGGUCACCAAGGCCUACCUGGGCCUCCAGGAGCACCGGGUUUGAUUGGUCCAGAAGGCAGAGAGGGACCCCCUGGGCCUCAAGGUCUCCGAGGGAAGAAAGGCGAAGUGGGUCCACCAGGAACCCCAGGAGCACUAGGGCCACAGGGCCCACCUGGACCACCCGGUGUUCCAGGGCUCCCUGGACCUGGAGGACCCCCGGGUUUACCUGGAGAGCUGGGCUUCCCCGGAAAACCUGGGCCCUCUGGUCACAUGGGGCCACCUGGGAAGGAUGGGCUGGAUGGACCACCCGGCCUGCCUGGCUCCAAGGGAGCACCAGGGGACCCUGGGGAGAGUGGAGUGCCUGGAAUGCCUGGACCUCGGGGUGAAGUCGGGGAGCGGGGCCUUGCAGGUCUACCCGGUGAAAAGGGGGAAGUUGGCCUUCCAGGUUCUCCGGGCUUCCCAGGAGUGCGUGGAGAGAAAGGAGACCAGGUAAGUAAAAAAGGUGAACUGGGACUUCCUGGGCUAAAAGGUGCCCAAGGUGAAAAGGGUGAGGCUGGUCCAGCAGGGCCCCCUGGCUUACCUGGAAGUCCAUCCAUGUUCACACCACACCCGAGAAUGCCAGGAGAGCAAGGGCCGAAAGGAGAAAAGGGUGACCCUGGUGACCCUGGUGCUCUGGGACCCCAGGGUCAUCCUGGAGAAUUGGGCCCUCGAGGACCCACUGGACCUCCGGGUGCCAAGGGACAUGAUGGUGCACAUGGAGCUCCUGGAGCAGCUGGAAACCCUGGUGCUCCAGGACCUGCAGGACCUCCCGGUCUCAGUGGCCCUCCAGGAAGUUUGGGUCCCCCCGGCAUCAGAGGUGCCCCUGGGAAAGACGGGGAGCGUGGGGAGAAGGGAACAGCAGGGGAGGAAGGCAGCCCUGGGCCAGCUGGUCCACGGGGCGAUCCUGGUGCUCCUGGCCUCCCUGGGCCACCUGGAAUAGGGAAGGACGGGGAGCCGGGACUUCGUGGACCGCCUGGUUUACCUGGUCCCUUGGGAACCAAGGGUGACCGAGGAACACCUGGGAUCCCUGGCUCUCCUGGCAGCCGUGGCGACCCAGGCAUCGGGGUUGCUGGUCCACCCGGCCCUUCAGGACGACCAGGAGACAAAGGAUCCCCGGGAUCUCGAGGUUUACCUGGACUCCCCGGCCCCCAGGGACCAGCUGGCCAGGAUGGUGCACCAGGAAAUCCAGGAGAAAGAGGGCCCCCUGGAAAACCAGGCCCUGCUUCACUGCUGACUCCAGAGGACAUAAAUCUCUUAGUAAAGGAUGUGUGCAACGACUGCCCUCCUGGUCCCCCAGGCCUCCCAGGUCUUCCAGGUUUCAAAGGGGACAAAGGGCUCCCAGGAAAGCCAGGGAGAGAAGGGACAGAAGGCAAAAAGGGAGAUACUGGGCCCCAAGGCCUCCCAGGGCCUCCAGGAGUAGCUGGACCACAGGGAAACCAAGGAGAGCGUGGCGCAGAGGGUGAGGUGGGACAGAAAGGCGAACAGGGUCACCCUGGAGUUCCAGGCUUCAUGGGCCCACCAGGGAAUCCUGGGCCACCAGGAGCAGAUGGAAAUGCAGGCCCUGCAGGACCACCAGGACUUCAAGGGCCCCCGGGCAAAGAAGGCCCUCCUGGUCCCCAGGGCCCAUCAGGCAUUCCAGGACUCCAAGGAGAAGAAGGCAAACAGGGCAGAGAUGGAAAGCCUGGUCCCCCUGGAGAACCGGGCAAGGCAGGAGAGCCAGGCCUAGCAGGAGCAGAGGGAGCCAGAGGUCCACAGGGCUUCAAGGGACACACAGGUGAUCCUGGCCCACCUGGUCUGAGGGGAGAACCUGGGACUAUUGGCCCCCCUGGAAGGGAAGGAUCACCAGGAAAAGAUGGUGACACUGGACCUGUCGGACCACAGGGUCCCAGAGGACCAAGGGGCCCACCGGGUAGCAGUGGAUCACCUGGAGCCCCAGGAGACCCUGGCCGCCCAGGAGCCCCAGGACAGAAGGGAAACAAAGGAGAAAAUGGCAGCCCAGGACUUCCGGGUUUUCUAGGUCCCCGUGGGCCUCCGGGAGAAGCAGGAGAGAUAGGAGCUCCAGGCAAGGAGGGUGCUCCUGGGAAGCCUGGAGAGCCGGGAUCCAAAGGAGAGAGGGGAGACCCUGGGACCAAAGGUGACAAAGGAUUACCAGGCGGGAAGGGCCAGCCUGGAGACCCUGGAAUCCCAGGCCACAAGGGUCAUACUGGCCUGAUGGGUCCCCAAGGACAACCAGGGGAAAGUGGCCCCCCUGGGCCUCCAGGGCCACCUGGCCAGCCAGGAUUUCCAGGACUUCGGGGUGAGUCUCCAUCCAUUGACACCCUGCGGCGCCUCAUUCAGGAAGAGCUUGGGAAGCAGCUAGAAGCCAAACUUGCCUACCUCGUGGCCCAGAUGCCUCCCGCACACAUGAAGUCCUCUCAAGGCAGACCUGGGCCCCCAGGACCCCCUGGAAAAGAUGGGCUUCCGGGCAGGACAGGCCCCAUAGGUGAGCCAGGCCGGCCUGGCCAAGGGGGUCUGGAAGGACCCUCUGGACCUAUGGGCCCCAAAGGUGAAAGAGGAGUCAAAGGUGACCCUGGCACACCUGGAGUUGGCCUCCGAGGAGAGAUGGGUCCCCCUGGAAUACCAGGUCAACCUGGGGAACCCGGCUAUGCUAAAGAUGGACUCCCAGGAAGCCCUGGCCCUCAAGGAGAGACAGGACCAGCUGGACAUCCUGGUCCCCCAGGCCCUCCCGGCCCUCCCGGCCAGUGUGACCCCUCCCAGUGUGCAUACUUCGCCAGUCUUGCUGCCCGGCCAAGUAAUGUGAAGGGCCCAUAGAAGAUUCUAGAACAUCACUACUAUGGAUUUCUGAAACUUGAACUCAGAGCUCAGUGGGAAGCCAGAAGCCUUGAAACAUUUCAGAUCCUUUUUUUUCUCUUCUCCCCCUUUCUCCCACCUUUUCAUCCUGUUUCCCUCCCUCAUACUCUUGCCUCCUUGCCUGCCUACCUUCAGUUCUCUCUUCCCUUCCUCAGAGACCUCACAGUUAUUAAAACCAACAGAUGCUGUCAGCCAGAUAUUAUUAAUAUUGUUAUUAUUUGUUAUUUCAAAUGCUAAUGGGUCUGGGGGAGCAUGCUCGUGGACAGGAAGUGGUUUCCUGGCUCAGCUCCCCUGUCAGCAGUAGCAGAAGUGUGGCAGCCAAUUCUGAGGAACCCUCGGUGCUAUGCAGCCCUGCCCACACACUUGCUGAAUUUACCUCCUUCCUGGAAAGGAAACUUUAAGGGAUUGGAGCCCAGGAGCUUCUUUUCUCAGUGUGCCUAGAGAUGGCCCAGGGAAAAAGUAAGUUUGGAAUCCCCACCUCCCAGGAGAGACUUGAAGCAGAAAGAGGAAGAAUUUGCAGCCUGGAAGAAUGCAUUGACCUCUGGACACAAGAUGCACAUCUGGAGUUCAGAACUACCCUCGGGGGGUGACAUCCUUGGUGCUUCAAGCUACUGGAACCAAAAGGAGUCACACAGGGGGUUGGCAGUGGCUUGUGUCUGGGCCCUCACUGGACAAGGUGCUGCUGAAGAAGAGAUCUGGGGUAUGAAUUUGCUUCUGAGACAUGGUCUGGACCCCAUUAAGUUCCUCAUGCUGGUUUCAGUUGUGUGAAUUGCAAAAUAAAGGUUUCCAGUGGCCACUUGCCUAUCUUA